AUGGCCCUUUUUGUUCACGAGAAUGUGAAGAAUUAUUAUGAUUCUCUGGAGACAUCAGAUGAUUUGCAGACCAGUGCGGCUUGCUCUGCCUCCUCUCGCCUGCUCUCCCAGAGUGCCCGAGAGGCCUUUAGUCAAGUCCACCCCGAGGUUUGCAAAAGGUUCCUUAGUGAACCACAAAACUUAAAAGGAUCUAGGGUGCUGGAUUUGGGCAGUGGUUCUGGCAGAGGUUGCUAUGUCCUCGGUAAACUGGUGGGGGAGAAUAGGCAUGUCACUGGUAUUGACAUGGCAGAGGAGCUCAUAGAAAUACUUAGAAAUAUAUCACAUUACCACCAGAAGCGCUUUGGCUAUGCUAAGCCAAAUACUGAGUUCAUCCAGGGAUACGUAGAGAAGCUCGGUGAUGCAGGCAUAUCCAACGACUUCAUGGAUGUGGUUUUAAAAACCUAAUCUCCUGUGUGCCGAUCAAACUGUGUGAUUUGUCUGUGUCCAGACAAGAAAGCUGUUUUAAGUGAAGUAUUUAAGGUACUCAAAGUAGGUGGGGAACUUUACUUCAGUGAUAUGUAUGCACACAAGGUAGUUUCAAACUCUUUGAAAGAGGAUCCAGUGCUGUAGGUUGAGGGAAUGGGCGGCAUCCUCUACUGGCGAUAUCUCAUCUCAAUCAUGAAGGAGCUGGGUUUCAGCACCCCACACCUGGUUGAUGCAAGUCAUAUUCAUAUCCACAAUCCAGAGCUUCAGGUGAAAGCAGGUGAUAUUAAAUUUGCAUCUGGAACCUACCGUGUUUUUAAAUUUCCCCAACACUUCAUUCAGACCAAAGCACUGGUUACAUACAAGGGAACUGUGCCAGACUGCCCAGAAUGUUUUGAGUUCGAUGCCUCUUAUACCUUUAAGAGAAACGUGCCAGUGGAGGUGGAUGCAAAAAUGGCUGCCAUCCUUCAGCACACGUGCUUCUCUCGAUUCAUCAUACAGAUGACGGACAUGCCCGAUCCUGACCUCAGCCACCCCCUGCAGUACCGGCACCUGAACCCAUUUACGGUGGCCGACAGACUGGGCUCCUCUGUGAAGCAGCGCACCAAGCUGGGCUCGGUGGAUUCCCGCGCCAAUGAGACAGCCAGUGCAGUCGGUAACGGCAGGUCCGGCAAGGAGAAAGAAAGUGAGGAGCACCCUCCUUUCAGACCCGGAGCGACCCGCUACCGCCCAGAGCCGGUGUCACGCGCUCCGGACGCCAAGGUAGCAGCGCAGGACGAGGUUCCUAUCAGCAAGCCGAAGGGGAGGCUCACAGCCCACCCGCCAGGGAGUCAGAGGCAGGACGAACGCAUGACACGGCCACAUAACUCACCUUAG